CAGGCGUAGUUGGCGUCCUGCAGCUUUCGUUAUGCGCAGGCGCGUCCAGCGGGGGCGGAGCGAAUAAGGUGGGAAGACGACGCGCAAGCGCAUUGCUUUUUCCGUUUUGUAGAGAAGCGCCGCACGCGCUACGCGAAGGGCGGGGCAGGGGGGAGAGCGUGAGUAGUCCGUUGUCCUAUCAACCGAUCUUGGUGGAAGAGCGGUGGGCGGGGCCAUGGUGACAGAGCCCGCUUCCUCAUUGGUGGAGGCUGAGGCGCCUCCGACCCUGAUUGGCUAUGCAGCCACAGCAGUCAAUUAGGCUGUUCGGGCGCGGUGAAACGGCAUUUCCCCCCUCCCUUUCCUUUCCUUUCUCCUCCUCCAGAAGGUUCCGCGCCGGCUUCCCUCACGCUUCGCCGUGAAGAUGAUGGGCCAGCGCCCCGUCCUCGUGCUCAGUGAGUCUGAGGGAAAGGGGGUGGGUGAGAGGAGCCCCUCCAUGGACCCGCCCCUCCUCUGCCACCCCCACGAAGACCCCCCCUCAGAAAACCCCCUUAAUUCGAUUAUCUCACCCUUCCCCAAUUCCCUCCCGUAAUAUCUCUUUUCAGAUAUGCAUAGAAAGUAUAUGUUGGAGACCACUCCUUAUUAUUGCCCCCUCGCACUAAAUUCCCCAUAUAAUUCUCUGCCUCCUUUAGCUCCCCCCCCUAUAAACUGAACCCCAACAUUCCUGGUUGCUCCUGUCUCGCCUCCCCGACUGUAUAAUAAACAUGCCCCAUAAUUUAUAUAUACCCCACCUCUUCUAUCCCUGGAAAGUAUAUUCUGGACACCCCCUUCCCCCCUUAACCACCUACAUUCCUUGAUACUCCUGUUUAGUCCCCCUCCCACAAAAAACCAAGUGUGUAAUAGGAACCUUUCCUGUUCCCCUUCAAAUUCUCCUCAACAACGUUCUCCUUCAUUUAUACCCUCCUCCCUCCCAAAAAAGUGCCUAUUAAGAGGCCUUUUUGUUGCCCCUCAAAUAAUUUUUCUCCUGCUGUAUUAAAACACUUCUUGCUCCGGCCCACCUAUGUUUCACUGAAUUCUGCCCUGUUUCACAUUCUUCCAAAAUUUCCUAAAUUCUGUAUCUUCCCCAUCCCCCCGAAAGUAUGUGUUGGGCAUUUCUCCUGAUCAUUCCAAACCCCUCCCAGAAUGCCCCACUUCAUUUAAUCCCCCCUCCAUACUCAAAAAGUGUAUAUUGGGGGAGGGGGGCUUCUACUAAAUCUUCCCCAUAAUUUCCUGCUUCUUACAUGCUGCCUCCUGCCUUCCCAGUUAAUAAUCAUGUAUUAGGUUGAGCUACUAUGAGCCUUAAUAGUUUUUAGGGUCCUGAUCUGCUGUACCCCAUUGUGUUUCAAGCUGGGAGUAUAUUGUGGAUGUGCCUUCUCUUGUCAGUAAGCUGUUUGCGUGGAGGGUGCUCCCUUCAUCGGUCUCCUCAAAUAUACCCCCCCCAAUAAUUCUUCUCCCGCUGUAUUAAACACCUCUUCUUCCUACCCACCUUUGUUUCAUUGAAUUCUGCCUUGCUUCACAUUUUAUCACUGUCCGUUCCCUCACACUUUACACAUAUUAUUCUCCAUUUUAAGAUGCCUAAGGCAUCACACAAAACUAGGAAUGAAUGUUGGUGGCCCUGCCUCCUUUAAAAAAAUAUUCUCAGUAGACUAGUUUUGCUAUUUUGUUCUGAUUACUAGUUUCUUGGCUCCAGUAUUGGAUUGCUCUUGUUGGAUCCUCCUUCCAUCCAUAAAAGGAGAAUCAAAGUGAGAUUUGACACACUAUCGGAGUGGAUAGAGAGAGUUUCCAAAUAUGGGUGUGGAUUUCUGGUGCAGAACACGCCACAUGUGUGCAGCAGAUAGCAGGGUUGUGGAGAUGGCAGGAGUAAAUAUCUGAAAUGGGGAUACACUUAAAGUGUGCGUUGAGAGAGUUCCCUAAAUCAGCUUUCUGUUGCAGGCUCAAAUAUCAUACAAUACAUUCCCAUGUCAUUAACAAUAGGAGUUAGGUUUCCCUUAGUCUCUCCCUAGAGUCAAAUGAAUGUAGUUGAAAAUUGAAUAAGCCAGUGAUAGCCCUUUCCUUGCUCGUCAUAGUUAUUGGAUGUUUUUAAUAUACGUUCCUGUCUUUGUUGGGGUGUGGAGAAUGGAGAUUGUAGCUGUCUGACUGCAAACUGUUUCUUAAAGGGCCCUUCUCUUAAAGAGAUAGAUAGACAGAUAGAAAGAAAAGAACAUUGAUAUGUAUAGAGAGAAAGUAGAUACUUAGCAAUUAGCAAUGUGUGUUUAUUCUACACAUUUAACAAUUUAUAUACUGUAUUGCUUAACUACAAAUUGUUUCAACUGCAUGUUUAGUCAGAAGGACUCAUGGGAAAGAACUCAUAAAUGAAAUAAAUAAUAAUAAGUAACUACCGCCAAUUGGUAACUGUUUUUACUGUGGUAUGCCGAUUGUAGAGUUGUUGCAGUAAAAAUGUUCUGUCAUUAGCAUUUGAACAUUCUAGACCAUUGUUGGGGGGAAAUAAUGUACCAUGUAGCCCUUAAGACAAAAAUGGGUAUUCCAGAAGCCUUGCAGGAACAUCACAAGCAACUAUAUUGCCAUUUAGGGUUGGUUGGUUAUGGAUUUGAUUUGGCUACUAGAGAAGUGAUUUCCUACAUUGCCUGCUACAAAUUGUGUAAUAUUCCAUUUCUGUUCCUUUAAGACAAGCUUUAUUUACCUAUGCUGUGCUGUUAUGCAUUCUUACCUGAGAAUACUUCUCAUUGAAUAUGGUGGGAUUAAUGUCUGAUUAAGCAUGCAUAGGAAUGUGCUAUAGGUAGCAGAAGUCACAGAUUAUUAUUGCACUGGGCCCAUUCUAAAAUCCCAUGGAGGGGAGGGAAUAGGAAAACAAGGAGGAAUGAAUGUGAACCAAAGAAGUAGUUAGGGUGAAAAUGGGAGGUCUACAAGAGAAAUUUUAAGAAAGAGAGCCUGCAUUUUUAUGAACGAGUUGUAUUAGAUGAUUUUUGUAAUUGUUUUUCUGUUUGCUUUAGGUCAGAACACAAAGCGAGAGACUGGCAGAAAAGUCCAGACCGGAAAUAUUAAUGCUGCUAAGGUAUAUUUUUCUGUAAAAUGCAUUAGGGAUGUGAAAGACAGCCUGUUAAAAGUGCACACAGGAGUGGGUGGUGACCAGAUAAAAAGAGGGUAAUACUUUUUUACUUUUAACCAUUGCCUAGUAAAGAAAGUUUCAUCAAGGACACAAAGCUCUCCUGCCAGCAUUCCUUCUUCUGUAUUUGUUUAGUCUAAAAAGAGACGACAGGCAGACACACAAACACAAAAAAAUAGAAGUCGUUCCUCAUUGAAGUUUUGGGUUAAAGUUGGAUCCUAGGUCUGAAAAGACUGAAGGCUGCUGAUUUAAUAUUUGAUGCAACAGAACUUUCAAGCCUUUGCAUAAUAAUAUCUAAUUACCUUUUACCCAUGGUCUCCAGAGUUCACUUGUCUGUCUUUUCACUUCCUUUCAGUAGCACACAGUUCUCCUGUCUCCUAGCCAAACAGAUCUUUUUUCUCCCUACACAGAAUAUGACCUGUUUUUAAGUGUUCUGUUGGCAACAGCUUCCUCUGCAGAUGUUGGAAUGUUUAUGAAUAUUCCAUAGUAUCACAACAUGUUUCGGCUUACAGUUGACAGACAGUAGCUAAUUUUGUGUCUCAUAAUGUUUCUGAAAUUCAGUGAAUAACUAUCAAGGAUUUACCUAAGCUUUUCUUUUAAAAUCAUGUUGCCUUAUUGAUUCCUUCCAUUUCAGACCAUUGCUGAUAUUAUCAGAACAUGCUUAGGACCAAGGGCCAUGAUGAAGGUGAGAAUACAUUUUCCCAUCAUUGCUCCAUUAAUUCACAGUAAAGAGAGAAUCUGAAUACACAUUCUCUUUUGUUGAUAUUGCAUUCCAUGUAAUCUGACAUAAGUGUUUCUAAAUCUCCAAUGCAGAUGCUGUUGGACCCAAUGGGUGGCAUAGUUAUGACCAAUGAUGGCAACGCCAUUCUUAGAGAAGUAAGUCUCCUUGGUGCUCACAGGAGCUGUAGUUUCUUAGGGCUUAGCCAAAAGGCAGGCACAGCCUAAGAAAUAAAUAUAUAGUCUGUCUUGCCACAUAUGAUUUGAAGAAUUGUGAAAUUGAACGGUGGGAAGUGCCUCUUAAUGGGAAUGCCCCAAAAUUAACUUUAACAGCCAAAAUGGCUUUUGAGAAGCACUUUAGGGCAGCCUUCAUGCUCUUAUUCCACCUGAAACAGGAAUAUGGGGGCUGCCUUACAUUGUUUUUCAAAAGCACUGUUUGAAGCAACUUGCACGCUUCUCUUGUCCACUCACAGGAGAAGUGCACAGUCUGCUUCAAACAGUGCUUUUGGAAAGUGCUUUAAACUCUGCUCACCGGAUGAUGAAUAGGGAUUAAUCCUGCUGCCUUGGCUGUAUGAUCCUGUUCCCUUCUGGGAACAGAAUGCACGGCAAAUAUAGUGAAGCAUUAAACCCUGUCCUGUAAUCCCAUUCCAUCUCUAUGUAGGUCUAAUUCAAGACCCCCUGGUGUUUCAGGAGGUUUCAAUAAGGGAGCAGGAGUGCUCUAGAAUGCAAGGUUUGUUCAUGAGUCCUUCCUUCCUUCCCUUUACAGAUUCAGGUCCAGCACCCAGCUGCCAAGUCCAUGAUUGAAAUCAGCCGCACUCAGGAUGAAGAGGUGGGCGAUGGGACCACAUCUGUGAUUAUACUUGGUAAGAUCACUCUGUGUAUGCUCUUGUAUGCCUGCCUGCACAAAAGAAACCGUAAAUCAGAGAAGCAUGUUGGUGCAUUAAAUGGCCACAAAUGAUUCACCUCUGUUGAGGUGUUGUGGGUAUCAUUGUGUUGGAGACAAAAGAAAUAUUGAGCACUGGAUGCAACCUGUUGUUUGAAUGAAUGGGAUCUGGACACAAGAGCAUUGUAAUUCUGUUUCACAGAUCCUUUUCAUUUCAAUGGGACAUGCAGGAGAAUCUCUGGCUUUGACCCUGUGUUAAAUGGUGAGGGGUACCAUUUGGAUUUGCCAGCUCUUGGUAAAAAAACCAAACAUGUUCAUAGGUUCUUGCAUAUUAAUGAAGCUAAUUUAAAAUGAAAAGCUGUUGGCUCUCCCCAAUACGAUCCUUUCCCAAGAGAGCAAACCUAGAUAGAGCUUGUAACAUGAAAGAAUCAGAUAGUUUAGCAUUAUUAGCAACAGUCUAGCUCAGUACUUCUGUCUUAGCCCACUGUGAGUCACAUGCUGUCAAAAGGAACUAUUUCUCCUCCAUGCCUGGAAUUGAUGACACUUCUGGUUUUUGCCUCUGUUUUGUACCAGCUGGCAGAGCGAUCAUUGGGGGAGACCUGGGGAUAAAGGUCUUGAGAUGCUCUGACUAAUUUGUGUCACUGGCCAUAACUUGUGCUAACUGUAGUUCAUUACUGUGUGCAAUUCAGAAGCAUUGCAGUUGGUUGCAGAAAUCCUCAUUAACUGCUCUCUGUUUGCUGUUUAGCCGGUGAGAUGUUGUCAGUUGCAGAGCACUUCCUUGAGCAGCAGAUGCACCCAACAGUGAUCAUUAGUGCAUACCGAAAAGCUCUGGAUGACAUGAUCACUGCUCUGAAAAAGAUCAGGUGAGCAGGGAAGCUGAAAAGUAGAAGGGAAUAUGGUGGAUGGGCAGGUGAUCUGAUGACCCAUGUCUGGACACCUGAGGGAUGUGACAGAAAGGCAGAUGAAAAGCCCAGAGCUAGGUAGAAGUGAUGCAAGAGUAGUUGUGAUCAUCACUUUGUCCAAGUGUUUGUGCCUCUAGGUGCAAAUUCACAUUUGAUCCCUCUCUAUUCCUUUCUGAGGAGGGACCCUUAUUUACAUGAUAUACUAAAUUAUUUGCAUGUGGAAGGUCCGAGGGUUAUCUGCCUGAGAUCUUGAAGUUCUGUUGUCAGAAUUGACAGUUUUGGAGUAGAUGAAACACUUGACUUGGUUUAAGCAUCUUUGAUAAGAGCAAAGCAUUACAAAUCAAAAUAAAGUUGAAACAUGUAGCUGGGGCAGUUGCAGAGAACUUCAUGACCAUCCAAUCUGCUUCAAGUGUGCUUUGAUUUGGUCUUCGGUUGUCCCCAAAGUCUACUAGCAUGCUCAGCCAACAGUGAACUGCGUAAAGUUCUAUUCUGUUUGUCUUCUGGAUGACAUGCUUUAUGCUUGGUUUUUGCAGCACUCCAGUCGACAUUGGCAACAGAGAAGCUAUGCUUAAAAUAAUCAACAGUGCUAUCAGCACAAAGGCUAUCAGUCGCUGGUCAGAUCUGGCCUGCACCAUUGCUCUCGAUGCAGUCAGGACAGUGGAGUUUGAAGAGAAUGGCAGGAAGGAAAUCGACAUCAAGAAAUAUGCCAAAGUAGAAAAGGUACAAAGGGGAAAAAAUGUACUGCUUUUUUGAAGGCCUGGAAGAAAAUGAUUUGAAGCCCCUUAGGAAUCACUGACACCAUCUUAGAUUUGUGAAAUAAACAAACAAAAAUACAGAGAAUGAAUAUAGAUUGAUCCUUCUGAGUUCAUAUUUGCUUUAAAGUAUGGAAGAGCCUUGCUCUCAGAGUCAGAAUAUUGUUUAAAGCGUAGUUUAUAACAUACCAGAACAUAAAAGGUAAAAAGGUAAAGGACUCCUGGACAGUUAAGUCCAGUCAAAGGCGACUAUGGGGUUGUGGCGCUCAUCUCACUUUCAGGCCAAGGGAGCCGGCGUUUGUCCACAGACAGUUUUCCAGGUCAUGUGGCAGCAUGACUAAGCCGCAUAUAUACAAUCAAAACAAAGGGAAGGUUGUAAUAAAACACAUCCACAUGCAUUACCACCUACAUGCCUUCGUAGCAACAAAUACAAAAGAGAUUGCCUUUCCCCCACUUUUCUCUUGUUCCUGACUUGUGGGUGUCCUCUUUGCCUCAUCCAGAUUCCCGGUGGCUUUAUUGAGGAUUCAUGUGUCCUGCGUGGGGUCAUGAUCAAUAAAGACAUCACUCACCCCCGGAUGCGUCGCACCAUCAAGAACCCCCGCAUCAUCUUGCUGGAUUGCUCAUUGGAGUACAAGAAAGGCGAGAGUCAGGUAUGUUGGGCUGCAAGUCUCAUCUGCUCUUCAGUGCUGAGGGCUGGAAUGGAUUGAACCCAAGCAUUUCUCACAUCUUUUUAAACAUUGUAUUCUUAUUGUUAUCAGUUCAGAAUACAAAAGAUACAAUUCAAGAUAUACGAAAGGAAAGAAAGAGCUAGCUAUCUAAACAAUAAUUGAGAUAAAACAAAUGUGAUCAAAUGAUACAGGCUCAUGCCCUCAGCAGUCUCCAUUGAUGGAUUUAUGUUUUCUUGUACCUUAGAAGGUAAAGCUAACUCCCAGUGUGCUGGCUGAAGCUGAUGGAAGUUGUAGUCCAAAACAUCAGGAGGGUAUCAGGUUGGGAAAAAUUGACCACCAUUUUAUGUACCUCUUAUUGUUUAAAGAGAAUUAUAAGCAUUAUAUAUUGUCAAAUCAGUCAGGAGAUAUACUUUCCAGUUAGCGGAGGAUGCUUUGGCCUAAAAGGCAGCAAAUAAUGAAAUAAGCAAAAGUUUAUGAAAGAACCAAAUAUGCCCAGUGGAGUAUAAAUCUCACUUGUCUUCUUUUAUGCAGACUGACAUUGAAAUAACUCGUGAGGAGGACUUUGCUCGCAUUCUGCAGAUGGAGGAGGAGUUUAUUCAUCAGAUGUGUGAGCACUUGAUCAAAGUCAAACCAGAUCUCAUCAUCACAGAGAAGGGAAUCUCAGGUAAACACCAAAGUGUAUUUCUGUGGGUAAACAUCUGGUUAUUAAAAUCUUCUCUUCUUCCUGCCUUUGCAUUGUACUUAAUAUGUUUUGUUUUCAGACCUGGCACAACAUUUCCUAAUGAGAGCCAAUAUCACAGCCAUACGUCGGGUGAGGAAAACUGACAAUAACCGGAUUGCAAGGUGAUUGCAACACUGAUUUUUGUUUUUGAUGGCAUGCCAAGGGUGCUUUCUUUUCUUCUGCAUUCCAUCAGUUAGUUUUUAAUCUUUAGGGUAGCAGCUAUCUUAGCCAGGGCAGAGCAUAGUGGUGAGGAGCCAGAUAUUUUUGUACUCUCCCUUCUUGUUACUACAUGCUGGCUGAGGAUGAAAGCUUUGAUGUUCUGUCUGUUUAGUCAGGAUUGUAUAUAUCUUUUGGGGGAAAUUUGAAAGCAUGGGAGAAUGCUUAAGUUCUGGAAACUUCCUUUUAUGCCUUAAGCCAGCUGUGGGGGGGAGUAAGGGAUUAGAAGCUUCCUAAUAAUCACUAGUAGGAAACACGGAUGAUUGGGGGAGGAAACUUCACUGCCUGGCCUUCAAAACUGCAAACUUAUCUGAAACCAGGCAGAGAGGCUAGGCAUGCAGCUGAUUAGAUGCCAGCUUGAUUUGUGUCCUGAAGGAAGGGUUGCCAAUCCUCUGAAGAGCAGAUAAGGACACAAUUUCCCAACAGUUCUGAGACCCAGUUUUCUCCUCUUCAAAAUUAUCCACUAGCAAGAAAAUGAAACUGUUGGUAAUGCCUGUCCUCCAAGGAAGAGUCUUGGAUGCAGGUGUGGAGCUACAGCAUUGGAGAUGUGUCUUUUGCUCUAUUUCUGCAGGGCCUGUGGGGCUCGUAUUGUCAGCCGCCCAGAUGAGCUGCGUGAGGAGGAUGUUGGGACUGGGGCAGGACUUUUUGAAGUGAAGAAAAUUGGGGACGAGUACUUUACAUUCAUCACUGAGUGCAAGGAGCCCAAGGCCUGCACCAUUAUGCUCCGGGGCGCUAGCAAAGAGAUUCUGGCGGUAAGCACCCAGUCAUUAAUAGGAGACAGAUAAGCAACAACUUUUGUUCAGGGCUUUUUUUUUCCCUGGGGAGACAGGAGAGAUGUGGCUUUGGAAUGGAAUCACUUAAAGAUGAUCCAAAUCUAUGUCAACCUGUUUUGAAUGUUGAGAGUUUAAAAGAACCCUCUGGAACAUCUAGUCCAGCCUUCCUCAACAUGGUGCCCUUCAGAUAUUUUGGAUAGCUCCUGUUAUUCCCAGCCAGCAUGGCCAACAGUCAGGGAUGAUUGGAGUUGUAACUAAAAGCAUCUUGAGAGCAGCAGAUUGAGGAUGGCUAGUCUAGAUCACUUCCAAGAAGCUCUCUGAAACUUAAUAUCUUUCAAACUCCUGAUGGCUCUUUGUGCACUGUUCGUUUGUUUUCAGAAUUAAAGUUGGCACUUGCUUUGAGUGUAGUUCUAAAACUUUUUUGUUUUUGAAAUGUUGGUGUGUUUGCUGCCCCAAGAUCUUUCAGGAGGAAGGGCAGGAGAUAAAUUCAGUUAAGAAUAAAAAGGUUUACCUUUUAGAGUAAUGAGUGUGAAUAGCCUGUCCUUGGGUAAGUUAGUCCCUGUUGGUGUUCUGCGUGUAUUUCUGCAUCAGGAAUGGUUGGCGCAUUUUGUUGCUCCUUAUAGAGAAAUGCCUUGGAAUUGCCUGCGCUCAGUGGAUUUUGUCUGAAAGAAGGCAAGGUGAAAACAGUGACGCCUGCACCAAGCAGCCUCCCCUCAUGAGAGGCUUUCCGUAUUUCAUUCAUUUAGUUAUUGUAUCCACAGCCAUCUCCCCUUUGAAAUGUUCACCAGUUUGCUAAGCAUGAAAUGUGAACCUUUGCACUCUCUCCUCUUCCCCUUUCUUGCAGGAGGUGGAGCGCAACCUCCAGGAUGCCAUGCAGGUCUGUCGGAAUGUCCUGAUUGAUGCGCAGCUGGUGCCAGGAGGUGGUGCUUCUGAGAUGGCCGUUGCUCAUUCCUUGACAGAGAGGUCGAAGGUCAUGACUGGGGUGGAGCAGUGGCCCUACCGUGCAGUUGCCCAGGCCCUAGAAGUCAUUCCCAGGACCCUGAUUCAGAACUGUGGCGCUAGUACCAUCCGCACACUCACUUCACUACGGGUAAGGGAUGUGUUUGCUGUUGCUGCUGUUCUGCUCUGAUUCCUCUCCUUUUGUCCUUGCAGCUAAUAGCUGAAGAUUGUCAAAAGCAAGAAUUGUGCUAGGUGCUCUGUGCAGAGUAGAAAUGAUAAUUUCUGCUCAGAGGCCCUAGAAAUCAUUCCAGAAAAGAUUGUGAGCUCUGAACCUCAAAUGUUAAAUCAGCUGGGAGUGAGCGUAAGCUGAGUAGAUGGGAGUCCUUUAGGAAUGGUCACAGGGCUGCUUCAUGACCUUUGGAACUACUUGCUUUUCAGAAGUGUGGUAUGGGGGGUGCAACUGGAUUGCUCAGUUGAAUCAGUAAGUAGAAAUCGGGCAAUUCUGAUAUUGCAUUGCAUCAGGACUUUCUAUUGUUGCUUACAGGCCAAGCACACCCAGGAAGGCAGUCAGACCUGGGGAGUAAAUGGGGAGACUGGAGCCUUGGCAGACAUGAAGGAGCUGGGUAUAUGGGAGCCUUUGUCUGUCAAGCUGCAGACCUACAAGACAGCUGUAGAGGUAAGAGAAACCACAAGCCUGAUUCCAUGGAAGCCAAAAGUUUUCACUACUCUGUGGAAAGAAGUGGGUGUAAAGUCUGCCUUGUUCAUUGCAAGUGAAAUUUUUAUUCCAAAGUUCUCUUCUGGGAGAAUGCUUUCUUCCCUCUGCAGUCUGCUGCUAUGUGCCAUGUUCAUACAAGAGCACUGAAAGAAUUCUUACUGGCUGCCCCACAACUUUGCUUCUCUAAGCCUGUUGAUCAGGCACAGGGAAGCUGUAGCCCUUCAGACUACAUACAUCUCACAUAAUGCCUGAGUGUUGGCCAUGCUGGCUAUUGGGAGCUGGAGGCCCACAAUAUCUGGAGGCCAACGGGUUAUUCAGCCAUGUUGAACAUUUUUGGAAUACCCUUUUAUAUAUUUUGGGUUAAGUUUGAUAAUGAGGGUGAAAAGGGCCUAAUUUGCUAGUCUGACUUCCUUGGAUGCAUUAUAUUUUUAGUUUAGUUGCCCAUCUCUUUAAUCUCAUGUCCCCACCUGUCUUAGGACAUGCUGUAAUCUAUAAAAUAUACCUUUUGGCACAAAUAUAAGACACACCCGCAAAUAAGACGCACCUUUAAAAUUGAAGGGGGAGGAGAAAAAAUAUAUAAGCUGCUUGCUUCCUUGGGGGGGGGGGGGAGCUGAGCUGCUUUGCUGGUGGCCUUUCCGCCUUCCCCCUUCCUUAGGCAGCUCAGGGAAGACUUGGGAGCGGCAGGCAGGUUGAGUGUGGCUGCUCCGUGCUCCCGGCUGUUCUCUGGAGGGGGGGGAUCUGCAUCACUUUGCCGGCGUUCUCCCCCCCCCCAGCGGAGGCUUGGGAGCGGCGGGCGGGCUGCACGCCAUUGCCCCAUGCUCCUGGCUGCUCUCUGGGGGAUGAGAGCCCUGUCACUUUGCCGGCGGCCUCCCCCCCCCCCGACUGCCGGGGAAGGUUUGGGAGCAGCGGGCGGUACACCGCAUAAGGUCACAAAUAUAAACCGCACUUAUAUUCCGCAUGGGCGGAAUUGGGGGUGUGUGGCUUAUAUUCAGGCCAAUAUGGUAAAAACAGUGUUCUAAUUGAUGCUUGUGAAGUGGGUGAAAAAAAUGAAUGGUGAUCAUCCAGUUAUAUGUUGGUGUUGGGCACACCAAGGAGAAAGUCUAGGAUCAUGCAAGAUUAAAUUGGGCAUUUGGAUAGAAUCUGAGCUUCGGUGCAAUUCCUGGAGCCAACAUUGUACUAGGUUUAAAGUUCUAUGUCUCGGAUGCCGCAAACGUAUUUAAAGUACAGGCACACACAAAUCUUGGGGGCUGUAGUUUUCCCCUCAGAGCUACAAUUCCCAGUGCCCCUUGUCAAGCUACAGUUCACAGGAUUCUUUGGGGGCAGUGCUUUAAAUGUAUGGUGUGUAUACAGCCAUAGUGUAAAGACCAGUUGGCAACUUGUCUUAUCUUACAAAUCACAGGAGUAUAGGAUGGGAAUUCUGCCUCUCCCAAGAUUAUUGUUCUUACUGACAAAAUGUUUUCUCCACGUUAGACUGCCGUCCUCCUCCUGCGUAUUGAUGACAUUGUUUCAGGCCAUAAGAAGAAAGGAGACGAUCAAAGCCAGCAGCAGCCAGGAGCCCCAGAUGGACCCCAAGAGUAACUUUGUGGAGUUUGGAAAGCUAUAGGGAAAGCCAUGCACUGGGAUAGCUGGACAUGGAAACCACCUGGAUUGAUUUUGAGUGCUGCUUUUCUUCUCUCUCCCCUCCCCCACCUGCGUUCAAGGGCAGUCAGUGUCCAAAUACCGAUUUGUUUCAAGCUUGAAGCGGAGAGGAAAAAGGAAGGCCAAUGAUGUGUUGGUUGCCCCCAUUCUGUUAAGGAGACACUGACGCUUUAUUUAAACGUAUACUGUAGCUUCUUUGUGGCUUUAUUAAUAAAAAUGUCACCACAUUCAUAGAUCAA